AUGGAUGGAUUCAAGACAACGCAUGCAGAUGUAGUCGUCCUUGCUGCAACAAAUAGAAUUGAUGCUCUUGAUCCAGCUCUUCUUAGACCCGGUCGAUUUGAUAGAAUAGUUCAUGUUCCUUUACCUGAUCGUAAAGCAAGAGAAGCAAUCUUGCUGCACUAUCUAAAAAAAGUUCCUCUCUCUGCUGCUGCUGCUGCUGCAGCAGCAGCAGCAGAUGGGGAGGAGGUAGAGGAUGAUAAUAAUGUAACAGCAACAGCAGCAGCAGGAGGUGCAACAGGAGGUGCAGCAGCAGGAACAGCAGCAGCAGCAGCAAAACCCUUGCAAGAAGGGAAAGAGAUAAAAGGAGACACAAAAGGAGACAAUAAAAAGAAAACCCUAAACCCUACAACACAAACCCUCGAUAGAAAACGUCGCAGCAGCAGCAGGACAAACAACGUUCUGAGCCCCCCUCUCAGCAGCAACAGCAGCAACAGCAGCAGCAGCAGCAGCAACAACAACAACGACAACAGCAGCAGCAGCAGCAGCAGCAGGGACAAGGAUAUACAUAAAGCUGUAGCUAGCCAGCUAGCUAAAUUAACCCCUGGCUUCUCUGGUGCUGAAUUAGAGAAUCUUGUUAAUGAGGCAGCUAUACUAGCUGUUCGAUCCAAUAAAUCUUAUUUAUCUAUAAAAGAGUUAAUAGAUGCUCGUGAUAAAUUAGCCCUUGGUCCCCCUAAACCCUCUCUUCUUCUUUCUUCUUUUAUUAAGAGACAAACAGCAACACAUGAGGCAGGACAUGCAGUUGUUGCUUUCUUCCUACAACCCCAUGCAGACCCUAUACAUAAAGCUACUAUUAUUAGUAGAGGAAAUGCAUUAGGUCUUGUUGAACAAUUACCAGUAGAGGAUCGUUAUGGUUUAUCUUAUGCAGCCUUAUUUGCCCGUUUAUGUGUAUGCAUGGGGGGAAGAGCAGCAGAGAUAAUAGGUUAUGGUUAUUCAGGUGUAUCUACAGGUGCAGCAGCAGACAUAACAGCAGCAACAAGGAUAGCAUUCAAUAUGAUUAUUAAAUGGGGAAUGAAUACACAAUUAGGUCCUCUUUCUUAUCUUCCUCAUCAUAGAUAUCAUCUUAUUAGUAAUAAAACCGCCAGGCUUAUUGAUCUAGAGGUUCAAUCAUUAGUAUUACGUGCUCAGAAGACAGCAGAGAAGAUAUUACGUAAUAAUUGGGGAAGUGUUUGUUUAUUAAUAAAAGAAUUAUUAAUUAAGGAAACAUUAACAGGAGAAGAAAUAAAUAAAUUAAUAGACCCUAAAGGAAUAAUUAUUAAUAAAAUUAUUCAUACUAAUCUAUUUAAUACUAUUAAGGCACACACUACUACUUCUUAUAGAUGGGGGCCCCUAUUGGGGGCCCCUCUUGCAUGGAUUAAGGCUUUAUGGUAUAGAUUUAGACCUUAUAAUUAUCUUGAUGGAGAAGGAGGGGGGCCCCCUUAUGGUGCGGGGGCCCUACUUGGAGGAGGGGGCCCUGACGUAGCAGAAGGGAAGGGGGCCCCUGAUGCGGGGAAAUCAGAGAUAGAGGCACAGGAGGGGCCCCUAGACGAGGGAACAGGGGGCCCCCAACAGGGGGAAGGAGGACCCUCACAGAUGCUGGUAGAGGAGGAGGGGGCCCUAGGGAAGUUGGGGGAUCUUGAGGAAGGGGGGCCCCUAUAUGAGGGGGCCCCCAUUGAGGGGCAGCAACAGCUGGUAGGGGGGCCCCUGUGGUGGCGCAGCAGCACUGCAGCAGCAGUAACAGCAGCAGCAAAUGAGGAGACACUUAAGGCUGUUAAGGAGGCAAUGGCACUACUAAGAGACAGACAUGCUGCACGACGCAUGCAGCAGCAGCAGAAGCAGCAGCAGCAAAUGCAGCAACUGCAGGAGGACGAGCAGCAGCAGCAGAAGCAGCAGCAGCAAAUACAGCAACUGCAGGAGGACGAGCAGCAGCAGCAGAAGCAGCAGCAGCAACUGCAAGAGGACGAGCAGCAGCAGCAGAAGCAGCAGCAGCAACUGCAGCAACUGCAGGAGGACGAGCAGCAGCAGCAGCAGCAACAAGUGGAGCAGGAGCAGGAACAGCAGCAACAGCAGCAGCAACUGCAGCAACUGCAGGAGGACGAGCAGCAGCAGCAGCAGCGCAGCAGCAGCAGCAGCAACACGAGCAGCAGCAGCAUCCCAGAGGAGCCUCCUACUGGCGGUUUAGGGCCACAGCUCAAUUAA